AUGGCUUCUGAUCAAAUGGCACCGACGUCGGCUGCGGCCCCGCCGUCGGCUGCUGCUCCCGCUGCUGAACCAGCCAAGCUACCGGAUGCCCAACCGUCUGAAGCUUCCAAUGAGCUGCCUGAAGUCUUGACAACGCCUACCGGCGACAUGUGGCCUCGGCCUUACUUCUUCGAGGACGGUCUCCGUAGAGUUGCUCCUUAUCACUUUACCUACCACACCUGGGCCAAGCAACGCUGGCGCGGUCGGAAGCUGAUCGACAUUUUUGAGGAUGAAUUCAGGGACCGCACCCUAGAGUACUACCGGUAUGCCAUGGAAACCGGAGCCAUCGUUGUCAACGGAAAGGCAGUCGGCCCGGAUCAUCUGGUCAAGAAUGGAGACCUUGUGAAUCACACAAUUCAUCGCCAUGAGCCCCCUGUCACAGGCGAGCCGAUUCGUGUCAUUCAUGAAGAUGACGAGAUGAUCGUUGUCAAUAAGCCAUCCGGCGUACCGGUACACCCUGCUGGUAGAUACAAGUACAACACACUUAUCGAGAUCAUGAAGUCUGAGCGAGGCGAGCAUUUCCUGCCCUACCCGUGCCAUCGCCUGGACCGCCUCACCAGUGGAAUUCUUUUCGUCGCCAAGACACCACAGGCAGCAGUGAAGCUCACUGCUCAAAUUAGAGCUCAUACGGUCCGCAAAGAAUAUUUGGCGCGCGUUGCUGGAAAGUUUCCUGAUGGCGAAAUUGUCUGCGAUCAGCCUAUCCUCCAAAUAUCCCCGCGACUAGGCCUCAACCGCGUGCGAGCCAACGGAAAGUCGGCCCGUACCGUCUUCAAACGUCUGGCCUACUACCCGCCGGACACUCUGAAUGACUCGGAGGCAGCUGAGCCAAAGAGUGCGGAACGACUUGCGGACGAGGAACGCCGGCCUUGGAUCAAGAAAGAGGGCUACUCAAUCGUUCGCUGCCUGCCCUUGACUGGCAGAACACAUCAGAUCCGCGUGCAUCUGCAAUUUGUUGGGCAUCCCAUUGAGAACGACCCCUUGUAUGCGAACCAAAGAGUUUGGGGAAUUAACUUGGGAUGCAACGACUCGGAUGCAGUCGAGAACACGGACGAAGACAUCAUGUCACGCCUAGAAAGGAUGGGCAAACAAGAUAUCGCCGACGCUGUGGCCUAUCACGACGAACUGGUGGACCUGUACCAGAAGAGAAGGGCUGAAAAGCUGUCAGGAGAGCUUUGCGACGUUUGCGAUACGCCGCUCUACACAGACCCCGGCGAGCACGAGCUUUCGCUCUGGCUUCACAGCCUCCGUUACGAAGAUGCCGGAGGGGCUUGGAGCUACACCAGUCCGAUGCCCGCGUGGGCCCUUCCUCCGGACGGCAUUAACGGACCAACGGAGGUCGGAGGACUCGAAGAGCUGGUGGGGGCAGUACCAGACGCAGACCCAGCGGCAGAGGCAGACCCUGAAAGUGUCGCCUGA